AAACUGCGGGUCAAUCGCAUCGGCUUUCUGUCCAUCAAUCAGAUUGUGUUGAGUUUACCACAGAUUGGCGUCAAUAUUGAGAUCGAGAGCAUCGGACUGUCGACCAAAUUAGUGAACCAAAAGUAUGCGUCACUUCUUGUGCUGAAACUGUCGGACAUUAGAUUUGAAGGCGAUUUGAUCAGUGCUUUCAAAUCGCUUAAUACGAGUCAAAGCAGUGAACAAAAGGCAGUCAGACUUAAAAGCAAACAAAUCCCACAAAAAGUAAUUAAUUUCUUGAAUCUCUUGAGGUCUCUGUCGAGACUGAGAUUCAUAUCGAUAUCACUGCACAACACAUCACUCAUGCAAUUGGGACUCAUUAACGAAAACAAUGUCAACGAAUGCCUGUUUCACUCAAACAUACAAAUGAUUCAAAUCUAUUUGACUACAGUAUCCAAGAAUCGGUUGACUCUGACGACAAACUUCGAGGGAAUUUCGUUGAAACUCUUAAAACACACCAAAAAGGAGAGCGGAGAGACCUGUUUAGCACAGGUGUCCCUCUCAUUGCUGUGUAGCGUUCGCAUUGAGGACAGCAAUCAGAUCUCGACCCAAGUGGUGAUGUCUGAGCCGCAGAUCAUAUUUUACGAUAUCCUACCCAUUCUCAAGUCACUGAAAGUGGCAAACAGUAACAGAGCGACAAAUACGGCGACCAAUACUAGCGAUAGUUUAGUCCAUAAAGUGAUGAAUAAUAAUCUGAAGAAUGAAUUUCACAAAUUCAUCAAAAGUGUUAUUUUCAAAUCAGACAAUACUUUAGUGAAAUUGGUUAGAGAUUCGGGUCAGAAGGCGUUGACUAUACUUAUCAACACAAUUGAAGCCGACUUUACAAAGACCGGAAGCUCUGAGUUCGAGGCCCGGCUCAUAGUGUCUGACAUGAAAGUGAAUGACACGAACGCCAUGGUGUCGACCAUCACUCGAGUCAAUCUGAUCGCCAAAUUCGAGAGAGAAAAGUCGAUCGAACAGAGACUCCAAAUGAUUGUCUUCUCCGACCUCUCGUCGUGUCAUAUCAUCUAUAAUGACGAAGAGAUUAGUUAUUGGAUUGAAUUGUUUCACAAAACAUACGAAGCGAACACCGAUUUCGGGGUUAAUCCAAACAAACCAAACAUUGCCAUCAGUAAUACAUUUACGAAGGAUUUGUCCAAAUUCAGUGUCAAACUAGACAUCAAUGACAUUACUUUUUCGGUGAAACCCAUCACAUCUGCCCAACCAUUGGUCACCUAUGGCUUAAGUCACGCUAAGAUCGGAGUUGUUCUCAAUUCUGAUCCAUUGGUUAAAGAAAUGAGCCGGGAGUUAAGGCCAUCCAAUCCUAACUCUCUUAAGAAGUAUCACCAAAAACAUGUGCCUCUCUUCACAUCAAUGCUCAUCUUAAAGUGCCGUCAUAUGAAUCACUCGGAAUUCCGUGUCCACUGUGUUAUGGAUGGCAUUCAAAUAAGUUUAGACUAUUUUAUAGGACUUCUCAAUCAAUACGACUUGAAGUCCUACUCGACAUCCAAGACAUCAUUGAACAGCAACCUAUCGUCGAGCUCUAUCCAAGUGAACCUGUCCCAGGUGAACCUAUUCACGUCUGAUCUCAUGUUACGCGUCGAUUCAGCCACCACUGACUCCAACGCCUCUAAACUCACCUCAAGUAUCAAUGGUCUGGCGUUGAGUCCGAUGUACGCGCCGUCGGCCACACUCUCGUGUCUGAGGGCCGCAGAACUCAUUCAGAACAGAAUUGUCUACUUCUCUGUGGUUCGGCUUAAUCUCAAUCACGACUCACACGAAAACACCAUUAGUUUGACAGAAGAGGUGUUCGUUCAAUGGAAUCCCUCUUUUCAUAUAACUCUCAUUGAUUUGUACGAAGAGUUCUUGUGUAAAGUGAUGACCAAAACCAAUAAUGCCGUCGAAUCCCUGUCCUCUCUGUCAGUGAACGUCAAACUUGAGGGGAAGAUCAGUAUCGGUGCCCUUCUGUCCAAUUCAGGCAAUACUAUAGCUUUUGAAACCGAAUUUCUGUCGCUUUCUAUUCAUUCUAAUAAAAUGAGUACAAAAUGUGAAUACCUUUCGCUAUAUUUUGACCAAAAUUUAAUAAUGACUUUAGAGAAUGUAUCAGUGAAUCAAUUCUCAGAAUCAGAUUCUCAAUCAAUAAUAAACCGCAAGAAGUACACGAAUCCAAGUCUGGAAACCAAACGAAAUAAAGCGAUAUUCGUGUUGAUCGACAACAUAGUCGUCUCGUUUCCAUAUCUCUAUAAUUUCGCCGAAAUUUUUAACGAAAAAUUGAUUACAAUUGUCAAGUGGUUGAGACAACUCCACAGACAGGACUCAGAUGAUAGCCAACCGUCGAAGGCAGCGCUGUUUCCCGACAUUCUUCUCAAUAUACACAGCGCUUCCAUGGAAGUGGCGGACGACCCCUUCGAAGUGCGCUUAAGUGAUAACUACGAGCUCUUGGAGGACGAGUACAAGGAGUCGCUGAAGAGGUGGCAGAUGUUGUCCGAGAAGAUCGAGGAGAGGAGGCGUAAGAAUAUAUUACUCCCGGCGUCGAAGUUGGAUGAGUUGCACAACGCGUUCGCCAAACAAAACGCGAACACAUAUAUCGAGCGCUCGAAGAAACUGUACGACUCGUCGCCGAUGAGGACCCGACUGUUUUGCGUCAAAAUCGAAGGCAUGGAACUGGAGGUCGUCAAUGAUUCCAGUUAUAACUCAUACGAACAGAAAGUGUCGAUUUUGCGCCGAAUCGACAACGAGAGCCCAUUCCCCGAAGACAUCCGAUUCAAUACGAUUUGGUGCCGUCGAGUGUCGGCCACUAUCGCCAGUGGAGUCGUCUCUCUGCGCGACUUUCCGCAGCCGAUGACCGAUGCCAGGGAUCUGACACUUCGGGGCAUCGUUUUGGGCGCCGAACAGGAGGCCAGCAAUCGGGCGAAGAGGACCUGCUUUAUAGACAUCGGCCCUAACUUCGAGCCCAUAUGUAUCGAACGAUCGAUGACUACACUGAAGAUCUAUCACGACGUGACGUUCGACGUGGCGAACCUGUCCUACACUCACGGCGCCUCCUGGGAGCCGGUGCUCCAGCAGCUGGCACUGGCCUUCGAGAUGAUAUUCAAGCCGUCACUGGAUCCGAGUCCGACCCUCUCCUGGUGGGACAAAAUGCGAUUCCUAUUCCACGGCCCUCUGGUCAUCGUAUCGGAACAGCUGUCACUCCUAUUCCACGCCUCGUUAGACCCGUACAACUCGACCGAACUCAUUGAGAUCGGACUCUACAAGUCGCUCAUCGAAUGGCUUUCCGGCAAAAUCCUAGUGAAGGGCACUCUCGACCUUCUGGUGCACACGGCCUCCAAGUACGACGAGUGCCGAAUCAUUCAUUUGCCGAAUGUCUCCAUUUAUGUCAACUUGAAUUGGGUUUGUGUCGGACAUAAGACCGAUCACCACUCAGUCAUGCCCUGUGCGCCCAACAAAGUGCCCGAGGGCAAACUCUUCAACAACACAAAGCCGAGGAAACUGCCCUUCGGUCGGGUGUUUAAGUCCAUUCGAGUCACCGUUUAUUUGCAUAAAUUUCAGGUCUCCUACUGGUCAUCAUUUAACAAACAAAGAGGUUUUGAGAUAAUCAGUUCUAAUCUGACACACAGUGCGGAACACUUGCAAUCGUUUAUGCCUAUCAAUGAUAACUUGAAGCACAGAACUAAACCCGUUUGGGAUAUGCUUUACAUGAAUUCGGAGUUAUCUGACGUCGAGAUAUUCCUAUAUAAGGGGCCGGGAGUGGACACCACUAUGAAUGACAGCGACUGGAAGGGGGAGCGCCAGUACUUCAUGAGUGUACGAAAGGUGUCGUACAAUCGUGAGACCAAAUCGCCGUCUAAUGUGAGAGAUAUCGACGCCGAGGCGCCAACACAUCGACUAGUAGUUCAUGACUUGCGCGGCGCCUGGACUAAGGAUAACCGGGACGUCGCCUUCGGACUGUUUGACUCAUACAUCAAAACACAAUUACUUAAGCGGAACCUAUCGACCGACGCUCUGAGAGCGUUCAAAGUGGACGGACAGUCAGGUUCGCCAAAGAAACGCAAUUCGCAGCAAACGGUGACCACAAGCCCGGCGUCGACCAUCUCUAAAGGACACGCCGCACAUAUGCUACAGAAGCUGAUCGCAGAAGCCGAGAGCUCUAACAUUGUCUAUACGGAGGACAUCGAGAACGCCGUGCGGACAGAGGGCUCGCAGUUGUUCGGAGUGGAGGCGUGUCAGACACUGGAUGUGUUGCAACACAACUGGUUAAUCGAGUUAAUCAACUCACAGGUGAUGCUCAGGGGCUGCGAGACCGACGGUUAUGUGAUAGUGUCUGCGGCCAAAGCGCAGAUAUUGCAGCGAAUCCAUAGACCCGUUUGGAAGAACCGGACCCUCUAUGCGAAGAGCACGUGGCAGGGAUUGCUUGAAUGCAUGCAAUACUACGCCACUGUCGACGAGGGAGGCGUACAGCCCGAAGACAUAACAUGGCUUACAGUCGAGAAUAUCGAAGAACACAAUAAUCGCGAUAUCAUUGAAUUGCCGGAUCUGGUGGGCAGUGGACACAGUGUGGGCGGAGUCGUGAGUCCAGAAGUGGGCACAUGUAGUGGCGGUGAGUCGAGUGGCGGCACCCCUUCCAUCCAAUUGCAGCGCAUAGUCUCCCGCUGUAAGUGUCAGUUCUUCUACGCCUCGUAUGACGACAACGUGGACCCCAAUGAGUACGAAGAGGUGCCGCCUCUGCCGCAGGACAACGACCUCCUUCUCCUGGAGCCCUGGGAUCGGGAGAUAGCGGUCGACACAUUCACUCUGACUCACCACGACUUGGAGAUCAGCACUAAUUCGCAACAGUUCUCAAUGAUCAUGGAUUUGGUGAACAAUCUGUUGCUUUACGUCGAACCGCACCAGAAGGAGGUCUAUGAGAAGCAACAGAGCAUUCGCUUCGGUAUGCAAUUGAGUUCAAUCGAAGACCAAAGGGAACCCAUAUCUCAACUCCAGGACAAAGUGCGAUCACUGGUCACCAAAAUCAAGCGCAUAGAGAAGGAGUGUUAUGCCAUCCAUAAGGCGUUGGCCGAAGAGCACGGCUCGGGCUCUCCACUAGAGCUCAAACUGAUGGCCGACGCGCAACAGAUUGAGUUCGAGAUGGAUGAGUGCAAAGAGGAGCUCAACAUCGCGAGUGAAGACCUCACUAUUAUGAUCAACUGCUUCAAAGAGGCGCAACUCAUGGCCUCCAAGACCAAAGAGCGACAGACGGCCUCUCAGGAGGCGGGAGGUGUGGUCUUCGCCAACGUUAUCCGACGCAACGAAGUCUGCUUCAAACACGCCGUCUGGCGGCUGACCGCCACUGACGGACAGCUGGGUUUGGCUGAUCUGGUUUUGAGUAACUUCUUGUACACCAAAGUCAGCAAAAAUGACGAUUCAGUUGAGCACUCGUUUGAGUUGGGAUUCAUUCACUGCUCUAAUCUAUUGCCAAAUCAGGUCUACAAAGAUGUCAUCCAAUUGACGGAAUUGCAGCCAAAUAUACCACUCGACCGACAAAUAGCUUUGCGUAUAUUCUGCAGAGAAAGGGCUCCCGUGGGCGGCAUCUCUGUCAAGGAGCACCUGGAGGUCAAUGUCAUACCGUUGACUCUCGGCCUGACCUACGCUUUCUUCAAGAAUAUGUUGAAAUUCUUUUUUCCGGACCGACUGUCGGAACAGACCUCACAUUCCGAACCAAACGAUGGCAAUGAGUCACAACUGAAGGCGAAGAAGCGCUCGAAUCUGAAGCGCGACGAAAGCGCUCAAAGCAUAUCGAGUAACGGCACCACCAGCUCCUCCACCUUCACCUCUAUCACCAGUAAGUCUAUGAGCGGUCAGUCGACCACCACUUCGACGCUGCAGAUGACCAAAGAUAAUGAGAGACACAUCGAGAAGAUGCGCGAAAGGGCUCAGAAGAACCAGACGUUUGUCUACAUUAAGAUACCGGAAGUGCCCAUAAGAGUGAGCUAUAAGGGCAACAAAGGCAAGAACUUAGAGGACUUGCAUAACGUGUCCAUAAUCUUACCGACGAUGGAGUACCACAACAGGACGUGGACGUGGCUCGACCUACUCAUGGCCCUCAAGAACGACUCGAAGCGGGUGCUGCUCUCGCAGGCACUCAAACACAAGUUCCACAUCAACACCAAAACUAAGUCACUGUCGUCUGAGAGCGACGCCAACGCCACCCAACCCGAGGAGGACGAGGACAAGGCUCGCAUGCUUUUGGGAACGUUAGCCGUACCCAACACUCACAAGGGGAGCAAAACUAAUAAACUGUCCCUGUUUAGUCAUAAGAAAUGAUCGUUUAUU